AUGGAUGACCUAGUGCUUUCACCAGACCCAGUCUGGCUGAAUAUUGCCCACGCGCUAGUACUUUACCUGGCCUUAACUCUACCAACUGCUUUUGUUAUCAUAACCACGCAGAAGUCACCAUCGGUUCGACGUGCCUGGGCGACAUGUGUUCUUUACAUUCUGUACCGUUUCUCCCUACAGGUACCUUCUCUAUCCACGAGUCAUUUCCUGAAAGGCGUGGCGGGAGGCGAAGCAGCCCUGGCUGCUCUGCAAAGCCUCAAUCUACUCCUGAUCACAAACCUAGAUGAGACUGAGCUGGUACACGCAAAAUUGUACAGUCCGUCCGCAAGUCUGCCUUCUCGCCUUCUUCGUACCUGGGCAUUGUUGCUCAAUUUCCGGGGAGUCGGCACGGCCUGGGAGGUCAAGAACGUACCCCAGCACCCAGCUUAUCUCCGGCAACGGCUGAGCCGAAAGCGCUAUGUUCUACGAGAAAGUGUAAUUAUCGUAUGGCAGUACCUACUGCUGGAUGUUAUCUACAUGUCGAUAAGGGACACUUCCCCGGAGGACGUAGCCCGGAGUUUUGGUCAUGGCUUGGAAUUCAAGUAUUUUGACGCAACGUUCGAACAGUGGAUGGGACGUAUCUCCACGGGGAUCUUUGCCUGGCUUGUGCCGUGCCGCGUUUGCAUCGACAUCGUGCCCCGGAUUUACUUUCUGAUCUUGGUGGUUUUGGGCAUUUCUUCGCCGAACUCGUGUCGUCCGGGUUUCGGCAGAUUGCGGGAUGCGUACACCAUCCGUGGCUUCUGGGGAACGUUCUGGCAACAAUUCUUCCGUUGGCCUCUUACCUCGGUGAGCACCUAUCUCGCGAGGGAUGUCCUCAGGUUGCCUAGCCACUCGCUCUUGGAACGCUACACCAACCUCUUCUUCAGCUUUUUCACAUCGGGUGUAUUGCACCUGAUCUGCGAUUCUAUGCUAGGCGUUCCGCCGUCAGGGUCUGGUGCAUUGAUGUUCUUCUGCUCACUUCCGCUUGGUAUCAUGAUUGAGGAUGGGGUUGAGGCAAUUUGGAGCCGAGUCACGGGGCCAAAUGAGGGUGUGGUUCCCUUCUGGCAUAGGCUCGUGGGGUUUCUUUGGGUCGGUCUCUGGAUGUCUCUGACGUCGCCGUGGUACCUGUACCCGUCCGCUCGUAAACACCCGCACGAGCACUGGAUGGUACCAGUCGGUGUCGUGGAGAGAAUUGGACUAGGCGCUGCUCAGAAGAUCCUGCUGGGUUAUGGAUUGCUCCUGUACUGGGGGGUUGGUGGCGAGGUUUUCUAA